AUGUCGCCUGCUCAUGUCUCCAUCAACAAGGACAUCAUAUUAAUAGAAGAUGAUACCGAAGAGAUAUUCACCAAAGAGAUCUCUACAGAGUCAUUCUUCAAACCAAUAACAGAUUCAAUUAUUCUACCAUCAUCAAAGCUUCCAAGUUACACCAAGAAGUCCAAAAAAAUAUUUAUUAUAUUCAUCAUAGUCUUGGCGAUCAUGUCUUUGCUUAAUUUACAUUUUAUGCCAAAACAAAUUCAACUUGGAGAGAUCAAUUUCGACUUUGAAAAGUUCUCAUACAUCCAACGACUUACAUUACUAUCUAUUUUAACAACUGUUGCUUAUAUUGAAUAA